UAUUCUAUGCUGCUAAGUGAUAACUACUUCAAGUCACGAUUAAGUUCACCUUCACAAAUAUUUGAAAUUACAAAUGUUUUCCACGGCAGUAUCUAUAAUAAAGAGCAUUCCACUGAUUCCAUCAUUAGCUUUCCAGACAUCUUGUAGAUCGUUCCACGCAACAAAGUUCGUUAUGGCUCCAAUUAAGGUUGGUGAUAGACUACCGGCUGGUGAACUAUUUGAGGAUUCGCCGGCAAACAAAGUCAAUAUUUGUGAUCUAGCCGCAGGGAAAAAGAUCAUUUUAUUUGCUGUACCAGGCGCUUUUACACCGGGAUGUUCCAAAACGCAUUUACCUGGCUAUGUAGAAAAGGCUGAGAAAUUAAAGAGUGAAGGUGUUUCCGAGAUAGUUUGUGUGUCAGUAAAUGACCCUUACGUUAUGAGUGCUUGGGGAACGCAACAUAACACAAAAGGCAAACUCCGAAUGCUUGCUGACCCAUCUGGCAACUUUAUCAAGGCACUUGAUCUUGGUGUAAACCUGCCACCUCUAGGUGGUUUUCGCUCCAAAAGAUUUUCAAUGGUCAUUAAUGAUGGUCAAGUUGAAGAACUCAAUGUGGAACCAGAUGGCACAGGCCUGUCUUGCUCACUUGCUGACAAAUUGAAACUCAAGAAAUAAACAUAUUUUUAAGCUCAAGGUUCAAAUCUCACUGAUUUCAGUAUGUAAAGUGGUAGAAGCGCUUAAUUUUUUAAGUUGAAAUUUAAGCAAUCUGUUAAAAUAGCCGUAAGUACACAUUAUAUUGUAAACAGAUCUUAGUCUUCACUUUACAAACUGAUUUUAGAAACACUGCUUCUAGCAUAGCCUUUGUGAUAUAUUGUUAGAACUCUCUUUAAAAAUAAAUAAUUUAUCACUUAAA